GUUCGUUUCCCACUGAUGCUUCCGUGAGCCAUUGCCGCUGGUUGCCAAGGUAGAAAACAUGAUGAACCCGAUGCAGCAGCAACAAAUGAUGCAGCAGAUGAUGCAACAGAUGGGUGGCAGCACGCCUGCUACACCUUCAAGUGACAAGAACAAAAAUGCCCCAACAGCAGCAAAGUUGAAAAAACCCGAUGAUAAGAGCAAUAUCGUAUUCGUCGGCGGCCUGCGAAAGAGCACAACAGAGGACAAAGUUGCCGGUCAUUUCUCUAAGUUUGGUCAAGUGGAUAGCGUGGACAUUAAAAGGCUGCCUGACGGGACGUCGCGUGGGUUUGCUUUUGUGAAGUUUGUGGAGGUCGAUUCCAUCCCCAGGGUCCUCGAAGCUCAGUCGAGCCACAUGAUAGACAACAAGUGGGUGGCCGUGAAGCCGCAUGGCGGAGUCGCCCUCACUGAAGACAAGAACAGGGAAAGGGCAAAGGAAGCUGCUGAGCUGGCCAGACAAAAACAAAAAAAGGACGACUCUAAAGUCGAAUCCGCAGAAGACUAUGACGAAAAGUGGUCAGAAAAUUAUUUGCAGGCAGCAGCUAACAUGAGCACCAACAGCGAAGACAAGCCUGAUGAGUCCCAGGCAAAUCCUGUGGCUGCUAUGGGUGCGAUGAUGCAGAUGAUGGGAAUGAUGCAGAUGAUGAGUGGCGGGGGAUGCAUGCCAGGAAUGUGCAAUGGUUGCAGUGGAUGCGGGUGUGGCAAUGGUUGUGGUGGGUGCGGUGGUGGGUGUGGAUGUGGCGGUGGCUGUUGUGGCGGGUGUGGAGGAUGUGGAGGAUGUGGUGGAUGUGGAGGAUGUAGUGGAUGUGGUGGGUGUGGUGGAUGCGGUAGCGGAUGUGGCGGCGGUGGUUGUAGUGGUUGCGGUGGCUGCCCUGGCUGCGGGGGAUGUUGCGGAGGGUGUGGCUGUGGCAUGAUGAAUCCCAUGAUGAUGGGCAUGGGCUGCGGCAAAGGCUGUGGUGGAUGUCCCUCUGGCUGUGGCUGCGGUUGCGGUGGGUGUGGGUGUCCAGGAUGCUGUGGCUGCAGUUGCGGGUGCUCCGGAUGCUCUGAUUGCGGCCCGGCUACUCAAAGCGAGGAAGCUGGAUGCGCAACGAGUGGCCCCAUAAAGGACGAGGGCACCAGUUCCGCGCGGCCUCAGCCCUACUGAUGACAGAUGCCGGGGGUCCCCGCUUAUGGCGCAGUGCUGACGUUGGAAUAAUCUAGAUAUAUCUAGAUUGUUC